UGCGUGUGUCGUUUCGCGUGUUUUUUUUCCAGAUCAAGUUCCAUAUUUCACGAAUAAAAUCAUUGAAUCGAGUGUUUUACUUUAAGAUUUUUAAUUUUUUUAAAAUUUAAAAUCUUAAAUUUAAAUGGCAAAGGUUUUAAGUGGAAAAGAAGUGGCGUGUGAAUUGUAUGCUAAAUUGAAGGAUGACAUCGUGAAAAUUCGUGAAGGCAACCCUAACUUCUGCCCAGGUUUGGCCAUAGUUCAGGUGGGCAAUCGCGAAGACUCAAAUGUCUACAUCAGAAUGAAAGUGAAGUCAGCCGAAGAACUCGGCAUGAGGGCCACUCACGUCAAAUUGGCCAGAGAAACGACGGAAUUUGAGUUAAAGAAUGUAAUCCACUCACUGAAUGCUGAUGCAAAAACUCAUGGCAUAAUUGUGCAGUUGCCUUUGGAUUGCAGUACAAACAUCGAUUCUGAUAAGAUCCUCAAUGAGAUUGCUGCCGAUAAAGACGUUGACGGGUUAACGGAUGCGAAUGCAGGGAAGUUGUUGCACGGCGAACUGACCAAUUGCAUAAUCCCAUGCACACCGAAUGGAUGCAUGCAGCUAAUCAAAAAAUCAGGCAUCGAAGUGAAGGGCAAGAGGGCGGUAGUACUGGGUCGUAGCAAGAUUGUUGGCUCACCCAUGGCCCAGCUUCUAACUUGGAACCAUGCUACCGUCACUGUCUGCCAUUCCAGAACUGUCGAUCUGCCUUCAGUUGUCAGAGAAGCUGAAAUCUUAGUGGUUGCCAUUGGCCAGCCCGAAUUCGUGAAAGGUGAUUGGAUAAAGCCAGGGGCUGUUGUUAUUGACUGUGGCAUAAACUCAAUACCUGACCCCAAAAAAAGUUCAGGAAAGAGGUUGGUCGGUGACGUGCUGUACGAAGAGGCCAAGCAGGUCGCAUCUCACAUCACGCCCGUCCCUGGCGGCGUCGGUCCGAUGACGGUGGCCAUGCUGCUGGCCAACACCGUCGAGUCGGCUAAGAAGGACAUCAAACAGCAGACAUCUUCAUGGAGCUUUACGAGUCUUCCGUUAACAUUAGUCAGACCUGUCCCUAGCGAUAUAGUGAUAGCACGCAGCCAGACACCAAAAGAUAUUAAAUAUUUAGCCGCGGAGGUGGGCCUUCUGGAUCAGGAAGUGGAAUUAUACGGGUCAAGAAAGGCCAAGGUCAGUCUGAAGGUCAUGGAAAGAUUUCAAGGUAGACCGGAUGGGAAAUAUGUUGUCGUUACUGGAAUCACUCCCACCCCUCUUGGCGAGGGUAAAAGUACAACAGUGGUCGGUCUCUGUCAAGCCCUAGGUGCAGUCAUGAAGAGGAACUGUUUCGCCUGUCUCAGGCAACCUUCGCAAGGUCCAACAUUCGGAAUCAAGGGGGGUGCCGCCGGUGGUGGCUAUUCGCAAGUGAUACCGAUGGAGGAUUUCAACCUACAUUUAACCGGAGACAUACACGCCAUCACGGCUGCCAAUAAUUUGCUGGCCGCCCAGCUAGAUGCCAGAAUCUUUCACGAAGCCACACAGUCUGAUCAGGCAUUGUUUAACAGGCUGGUUCCUGCUACAAAAGAUGGGAGGAAGUUUUCAAACAUUCAGCUAGGUAGAUUGAAGAGGCUGGGCAUAGAUAAAACAGAACCGGACAGUUUGACUCCGGAAGAGAUGAGCAAAUUUGCUAGGUUGGACAUCGACGUUGAUUCGAUAACAUGGCAGAGAGUGCUGGACACAAACGACAGAUUCCUCCGAAGAAUAACAAUCGGGCAGUCGCCAACCGAGAAAGGUCACUCGAGAGCCUGCAACUUCGACAUCACAGUGGCCAGUGAAAUCAUGGCCGUCCUUGCCCUGUCCGAUGAUCUUCGGGACAUGAGGGCUCGACUCGGUAGGAUGGUCGUGGCGAGUAGUAAGAGUGGCACGCCUGUCACUGCCGAUGAUCUGGGUGCCGGUGGGGCCCUCACUGUCCUCAUGAAAGACGCUAUCAGGCCUAACCUCAUGCAAACAUUGGAGCUGAUGCACCUUAUAACUUCAGUCCAACAUCUUCCAUUUCUCUUGCAAAACCUUCUUUCCACCCAGGGCACUCCAGUGUUCGUGCACGCCGGCCCGUUCGCCAACAUUGCUCACGGCAAUUCAUCCAUCAUCGCCGAUCGAAUUGCUCUCAAACUCGUUGGACAGGAUGGCUUUGUUGUGACUGAAGCUGGAUUCGGGGCGGAUAUAGGCAUGGAGAAGUUCUUCGAUAUAAAAUGUCGAUACUCAGGUCUGAAACCUGACGCCGUGGUCCUUGUGGCGACGAUCAGGGCGUUGAAGAUGCACGGUGGGGGUCCAACUGUCACUGCCGGAACUCCUCUGCCUAGAGAGUACACUGAAGAGAAUUUAGAAUUAGUGGAAAGAGGGUGUGGCAAUCUGGUUAAGCAGAUUGAAAAUGCACGCAAGUUCGGCCUGCCCGUGGUCGUUGCUCUCAAUAUUUUUGGUUCCGACACGCAAGCGGAACUGAAUCUCGUGAAAAGACUAGCUAAGGAGGCAGGAGCAUUUGAUGCCGUUGGAUCUUCUCAUUGGUCAGACGGUGGGGCUGGUGCUUUGCAAUUGGCCGAGGCCGUCGAGAAAGCAGCCAAUCAGAAGAGCGAAUUCAAAUUUCUUUAUGACUUGAAUUUGCCACUGGCCACAAAGAUGGAGAUAAUAGCUAAAGAGAUAUACGGAGCCGAGGGGAUCGAUAUUCUCCCCGAGGCAUUCCAAAGAGUCCAACUUUUCGAAAGCCAGGGAUUUGGCAAGUUGCCGAUAUGCAUGGCCAAAACACAUCUCUCGCUUUCUCAUGACCCUAAUCUGAAGGGUGUACCCACUGGAUUUGUUCUUCCGAUUAGGGAUGUACGUGCCAGCGUGGGAGCUGGGUUCAUUUAUCCCCUCGUUGGAGCUAUGCCGACCAUGCCUGGCCUGCCGACCAGACCUUGCAUAUAUGAUAUUGAUCUGGAUCUUGAGACUGAGGAAGUUCAAGGACUUUUCUGAUCUAACCGUUAUCUCAAUCAUGAAUGUUAUUUAUCAUAUUAUAAUAAUUAUAAUUAUUAUAAUAAUUAUAAUAAUUAUAAUUAUUUAAUUAAACUUGUUUGUUCUUGUUCAACAUCUGAUCUUCUGUGCC